AUGUGGGAGGUUGCAUGUCCCUCUGGACUGUCGGGACCUUGGGCAGCCAGGGAUCUCAUAGUGCGGUUUGUGGAGCUGAGUCAGCAGUUUGUAAAGGACUCCGUCUGGCUGGUGAAAAGAUGCUCCAAACCAGGCAGGAAAGAAUUCCGGAAGAUUGCCAUGGCCACAGCAAUAGGAUUCGUGAUCACGGGCUUCAUCGGCUUCUUUGUGAAGCUGAUCCACAACUCCAUUAACAACAUCACUGUGGGUGGCUGA